AUUUUGUAAAAAAAUUAAAUAAAUAUAAGAAAAGGAUCAAAGCUAGUUGAAAGUUUUAUUGAGCCAAUGAAUCCAACUGUAAAUAAUAAUUCUGUAGUCUUUACAUCGCCUACUAACAAAGGAUAUUCAUUAAGUGACUUUAAUGAUUACGAUUACAAUUAUUAAACAGCAGAAAAAAAAUUUGGAGAACCUAUUUAAGCAGAAUUUACAUCACCUGUUGUUUAAAUUGAUUCUAUUAGCAAGCUAAAUAUUUAAUCAACAUAGUAAGCAGAUAAACCUAGCAUCGAUGUAUUAGCUAAACUGUCUAAAAAUUAUUCAAGUAAUGAUUUAAGAUUGAAUAAUCACCAAUAAAAAGACAAGCAAUAAACUACAUAAGGUGAAAGACUUUUAUCUGAAAAUUCAUCGUUUGUUAGAAAAAGUUUAAACAAUUCAAUAAAUGUCAAUUAGCUAUCACCAAAACUAUCACCAAUGAAAAAUUCUUUAGUUUCCAUGAAGAGCAGUAUAGUAAGUGAGUCAACUUCAACAAAAAAUUAAAAAUAAUCUAUCUAUUUUCCUCAAACAAACAAAUAAGUUGAUAAUUAAAUCGGAGUUCCUAUACAAAUAAUUCCUUCUUAAGUUAAUCACAUUAUUUUAAGUGAAAAUACUAAAAAUUAACAAUCAAAGCAAAUUAUAAUAAAAGAAAACAAAUUGAGAAACAGCAUAACAAAUUUAUCUAACAUCAGCUAAAGUCCUAUUAAUAAAGAUUAUUCAAGUAAAAAUUUUAAUACAGCAGCAACAGCAACAAGCAUCAAUGACAAUAAACUCACCAAAAACACAGAGUAUUCAUUAAAUCAAUAGAUUUUAUAAAUUUAGAGUGGCUAAAAUGCAAUUAAUCAUACUACAAAUAAUGCAAAUAGUAGCUUUAGUUCUAUUUAAUAACAUUUAGGAGAUUUUUUGCACUAAGAUGACUCUCUCAGUGCUCAUAAUUUAAACACUAAUAACUACUAAUAUACAUAAACAUCUGAUAACAGCUUAAACAAAUAUUAAUUCAUGAAAAUCUUUAAUGACUCUAAUGGCAAUAAUUUGCAUGAUCAUAAACAAUUUUUAGAAAUAUAGUAAAAAAUGCUCUUUCUCAUAACUGAAAAUGAAAAAUUAAUUGAAUAUAACGAAAGUCUAAUGAAAGAAAACAAGCUAUUAAAGCAAGGAAGAGAUUCUGCUAUAAAUACUCACCGUUUAGAUGUAGAUGACUAAAAACGAAAGUAUGAUUUAGCAUUAGAAAAUAGAGACAAAGAAAUUCGUUAGUUACGUGAUCAAAUAAUGCGCCAAGAAAUCGAGUACGAAGAACGCAGAAGCGAAUUCAUAGCAAAGGAGAAAUAGUUUUAUGAAAGAGAAUAGAAUUUGUUAAGAAAAAUGACUUUAUAAAACCAAGAAAUAAUAAUUACUAACCAAAAUGUUACAACUUAAUAAAUUCAAAAGAAAGUUAUUGAAGAAGCUAAUUUGCUAGCAUCUGAAGAAAUAAUUAAGCGUUAAGAGAGUAGAAUAAAAGAAUUGGAGGAUAAACUUUUCAGCUUUUAAGAAGAAAAUAGAAAAUUAGUUUAAACUUUAGCUUCUCAUGAUGCAACAGCAAGAGAAUAACUCUCUUAGGCUCAUAGCUAAAGCCUAGAAAAAAUUGAAAAAAUUAUACAAACAUCUAAUCUUGAUAAAAAGCUUUUGGAAGAAUAGCUUAGAAAGGAAAUUUAGAUCAUUUAAUCUGAAAAGAGUAACCUUUAAUUAGAAUUAUCAAACUAGAGAAAUGAAAGCUUGCAAGUUUCUUAAAUGGUGAACAAUGAUAUUCAAAAAUUAGAAAAUGAUAAAUUAUAAGCUAUCUCUAGGAUUAAUGAAAUAGAAUUGAAAUGUGAGAGAUUAAUUGUUGAUGUUUAGUAACUUAACACUCUUUUAGCAGAAAGAUUAGAAUAAAUUAAGUCUUUAGAAGCUAUAAAUAAAGAUUUGGAAGAUAAACUUAAUAGCUAACAGCCUCAAUUAGAGUCCAAUUAAACAGAAAGAUUGUAUCUUACUGAAGAAAAUAAGUUAUUAAAAAUCAAAAUUAAAGAAAUGGAAGAAAGGUAGGUCGAAAUAUUAGAAAACAAAUAUGAAUAAGAAUAACUUGUUGAAAAAUAUUAACAAAUGACAGAAUAAUCAUAAAAAAUGAACUAAGAAUAUCUCUAAAUCAAUGAGACUCACCUUUUAAAAAUUUAAGAGCUUGAAAAAGCUGUUGCAAACUCAACACUACUUUUAGAAAAAUUAGAUUAAAAAGAUCAUUACAUUACUUAAUUAAUAUAAACAAUCGAAUAAGACAAAUUAGUCUAUCAAUCUGAAAACGAGCAAUUAAUUUUAGAAAUCAAGAGAUUAGAAUCUAACCAUUAGUUUGAGAUUGAAUAACUAAAAUAACAGGACGUUAAUUGUUAAAAAAUUCAAGAGUAGGACUAAAUAAUUAGCUAAAUUGAACAAGAAAAAGAAAAUAUGAGAUAAGAAUUUGACCAAAUGAAAUUCUAAUUCGAAAAAAACAUUCAAGAAUUAAACUCUUAAAUAGAUUAAGAGAAAGAAUAAUAUUUUGAAUAGAUUCAAAAUUUGAAGGUUGAAAUAAGCAACAAAAAAGAUAAUUUUGUUAAAUUAUAGGAGUUGGAAGCCUUAAAUGCUUAAUUAUUAGAUUAAUUGGACAUUAAAGAAAAAGCAUUUUAACAAACUUGUAUUAAUUACGAAGAAAGAAUUAAUUAAGAAGUCUAAGCUCAUACAUACUAAAUAAAUAUAACUUUGACAAAUUUAAAAUCAGCAAUGAGAUAGCUAGAAGAAGAAAAUAACGCCAUAAAAUUAGAUUUAGAUGCCCAUAAACGUGAGCUUGAUAGAUAACGUAUUAGAUAUUAAGAUCUAUUAAAUGAAAAAGAGCAAGUAGCUAACUAAUAUGAAAGAUAAAUACAUACUAUUGCUUAAUAGAGUGAAAGAACUAUUCAUAAUCUCAAGAGUGAGAAAGAAAGAGAAAUGCAGUUCUUGUAAAGAGAACACUAAAGAAUGCAAUCCCUUUUGUAAGAAAAGGCAGAAAUAAUAUCUAGAUUACAAUCUUAUUCAGCAAAUUAAUAUGGAUUAAGCAGUAAUACUAAUGCUUAAAGUAGUAAUUAAUAUGUGGAACGCUAUUAAUCAAAGAAUAAUUCUAUUACUACUGGAUUGACUAGUAGCUCCAGCUAAUAGAAUUUAUUGAAAAAAAAUUCAAGUCUUAAUAGUUUACCUUAUUACGAUAGCUAAUAAGAAUAAGACGAAAAUAAUAAUUUAUCUAAUACUGUAAAAAGAUAACCUGGUCAUUACUUACCCCCAUUACCAUAAUAACCAGCUCAAAAUUAAAUUAAUCCUAGAAAUUAGUAUAUUCAACCUUCUAUAUAAAGGUAUUCUUCAGUUCAAAAUAUAAAUUUAUAGUCUUCUGAUAUCCCUAGAUAUGAUAACUCCUUAGUUGAAGAAAAUGAUAUGUUAAAUAAAAUGAUUCUUGAAAGAUGCAGAAAUAUAGUAGAAGGUAAAAUAGUGCCAGAAAAUCAAGGGCCUUAUGCAUCAAAAUAAUAAUACGGAUCAAAUAAGAUAGAUGAUUAUACAAGUCUAAAAUCUAAUUUAGCUUAGUAAGCUGGUUAGGGUUCCUUGUUAAAAGCCUAAAAUAAUGAGAGAAUAUGA